UUGUAAGACAUGCGUAAAAGAUUAGGAGCCUUUCAUGCAGAUUCGAUUGAAUAAUUUAUGCAAUUAUCUCAAUAAACUUAAGAACUUACUUCCAACUAUAAAUUAAAAGGGAACUUACUUGAACUUAAACAGAUUUAAGACACUGAUAAGGAUACAAAUGUAUUUAUUAAAUCCAGGAUCUAUUUAGACAUCAACUUAAGGAGAAGAAAUUGAUCUAAAGGAAUAUUAAAAUAUCAACAUUUUAAUUGUUGAUAAUACUAACUAAAUAGAAGACAUAUUUAAAUAUUGUGAUACUCCUAUAGAACCUAAAUUUAAUUAUCAUUUAGAAUAUUGUUCUAAAGUUGAAACAUCAAAUUAAAAGCAAAAUCAUUUUCACUUUUGGAUUAUUAAUUAAGAAUCACCACUAUAUUCAGAUCUUAUUAAUGGUAUUUCUUCUUUAACUAUAUUUUUAGUUUAUUUUACAAUUGCUGAUGCAUACAUAUAUUUAUAUAGUAAGUCUAUGGAACUUGAAUUUCAAUAAUUUACAGAGAAGGUUAGACUUCUUCACAAUAAUAAAAUCAGUAUAAUUUACAAAAUUGUUAAUAGUAAAAGAAUCAGUGUAAUUUUAAUUAAUAUUUUAAAGAGCAUGAACAACUUCUAAGAUAAGGAAAGUAUUAAAGAAGUAACACUUUAAAGUUUAGAUGAAGUUCUAAAAAGAAUAAAGGAUCAGUAUUUUUGAUUUCAUUAGAAUUCACUUUGCAAAAUAAUGCAUUUUAAGUGAUGAUUGUUUAUUGUUAUACAUUAGGC